UUUUCUAGAUUCCUCGAAGAUUUUAUUCCUGAAAAAUGGCUUGGUCGCGGUGGUUAUGGGAUUGUAUUUAAAUGUAGAAAUAGACUUGAUGAUCGUAGUUAUGCUAUUAAAAGAAUUGCGGUCAGCAACACGUUAGUGCUUAUAUUACUUUCUUUUAUUAGGAUAUGCAAUCAUUUUACAAAGGAACCAAAACCAAUCUGUUGCUAUUCAAAAAAACUGUACAAAGGUAAUAGUAACGCGAGGAAUAUAGCAAUGAUUACAUGUAAUAUGGGUACUUCUGAAAGUGGUUCUUGGGCUGUUGGUUCAGAGGAUUCAAAUAUUACUUCAUCGUCACAAUCAAACCAUUCAUAUAAUGAAAACGCUGAACCAGCACUUCCUGCCACAGCAAAAGAAGAAUCAUUCGGUAUAAUAUUUACAAAUAAUUUGAAUGGUGAGAAUCAUAGUGUUGCUGAAUCUGAAAGUAAUUCAUCUACAUCCAAUGAACAUCUUUUUGAGCCUCCUGCUGUUUUGGUCGCUGGCAAGAAAGAUUUGCAAAAAUGUAUUAGAAACAAGAAUUACUCUUAUCUUUAUAUACAAAUGGAGCUUUGUCAAGAAUUGACUCUACAUAAUUGGUUAAUGGCUAAUAACAAAGAAGAGGAUCGUGUUAUACAUCAAAUGCGUAAUUGGUUGGCUCAGCUUGUCUGUGCUAUUGACUACAUUCAUAAACAAGGUCUUAUCCAUAGAGACCUAAAGCCGCAAAAUAUUUUCUUUUCUGCCAGUGAUUUUGCUACUUUGAAAAUUGGUGACUUAGGAUUAGCUAUAAAUUACUUAAAUACUGGAGAAUAUGAUGCAACUAAAGAAGCCGAACGACAUAAACAUACAAGUAAUGUUGGAACGCGAUUGUAUAUGAGCCCGGAGCAGCUAAGAGGCCGUUCAUAUAAUGAAAAGGUUGAUGUUUUCUCACUUGGAUUAAUCUAUACUGAAAUGAUCAUACCAUUCAAAACUUCAAUGGAACGUUAUAAUACGCUGUUUGAUUUGCAAAAGGGAAAGUCACCGAAAAGUUUAUUGAAAAUAUCAGAUUCUGAAGUAAAUUCUUUAUUUCUCUUGUUUUUUUCCCUAAAAAAUAUUAGUGAAAUCGAAAUUCAAGAUUUCAUUGGAUGGUUAACAACAUUAGAUGUUAAUAAGAGGCCAUCUUGUUACGAAAUUAUGAAUAGUGAAUAUGUUCGUCCUGAUAUACAGUUGCUAGGUUCAGCUUUCGACCAUAAUCGUUCUCGGUCAUGCAGUGACAGUCGUAUUUCGUUUUCUAAUUUAUAG